AUGGGCUCAACAGCGACACCCCAGAACACAGCAGCGCCGAACGCUCCUUACUUCACCCCAAUUCAGUCCCCCCCUGCUGGAACAGCUCUCUCUGACAACCCACCUACCCUCUUUUCGCCUCUCAAAAUCAGAGAUGUUACUUUCCAGAAUAGAAUCUGGGUCGCACCAAUGUGCAUGUACUCAGCAGACAAAGGCCACCUCACCGACUUCCACCUCGUCCACCUAGGCGCAUUCGCAUAUCGCGGCGCCUCCCUCACAAUCGUUGAAGCCACCUCCGUCCUCGCCAACGGAGGAAUCACCCCUCAAGAUGCUGGUCUCUGGACCGACUCCCAAAUCGCGCCCCUAAAACGCGUUGCCGAUUUUAUCCACUCGCAGAACCAGAAAAUCGGCAUCCAGCUCGCACACGCAGGCAGAAAAGCAUCGUGCAUUGCCCCGUGGCUGGUGGAGAGAGGAAAGGCUCUCACGGCCACGGAAGAUGUUGGUGGAUGGCCAGAUGAUGUUAUGGGUGCCAGUGCUAUAAAAUGGGGCGAGGGCUAUCCUUCUCCUCGUGAGAUGACAAGUCAGGAUAUCAAAGAUGUUAUCAAUGGAUUCCGAGACUCUGCUAGGAGGUCUGUGGAAGCUGGAAUCGAUGUUAUUGAGAUUCAUGCAGCCCAUGGGUAUCUCUUGUCCUCGUUCCUUUCUCCGACCUCAAAUAAAAGGACCGAUGCUUACGGUGGAAAUUUCGAGAAUCGAAUCCGUAUUUUGAUUGAGAUUAUUACGAGUAUCAGAGCCGUGAUUCCCGAGGGAAUGCCACUUUUGGUUAGAGUCAGUGCCACUGAGUGGCUGGAAGAAUCCGAUGAGCCGGAAAGCUGGAAAGUCGAAGAUACGAUCAGACUUGCCAAGUUGCUUCCGGCUCUAGGAGUCGAUUUACUGGACGUCAGCUCUGGUGGUAAUAACGAGAAGCAGCGCAUCACCCCCUUCAAUGAUUUCCAAGUUGGCAUAGCAGGCCAAGUCCGAGAAGCUUUAUUCGCAGCUGGGGUCAAAGACCUGCUCAUUGGAGCAGUGGGGAUGAUCACCGAAGCAGAAGCUGCGAAAGCAAUUGUGGAGAAUGGCAAAGCUCUCCGCGAAGCUGGUAGUGGAAUGGGAGAUAGUGAGGGGACAGAAGGGGCAGGGAAGGUUAUUGAGAUUGAGGAUGAGCAGGGAGCCAAGGCGAAAGCUGAUAUUGUUCUUGUUGCGAGACAGUUUUUGAGGGAGCCGGAGUGGGCUUUGAGAGUUGCUUAUAGACUUGGAGUUAAGGUUCAAUGGCCACAGCAGUAUCAUAGAGGGCAAUUUGUUAAGGGGAGUAGGAUCUAGAUUUGGAUUACGCUUUGUUAAAGUUCGCAUAUAGAGAAUGUAUUAGACCGAUUUUGAUGACAUCGU